UGGGCGAGAAGAAUAAAAAAGCGGGGGGGGGGGUGAGGGAGUGCUGAAUCACACGGAGAAACUGGACUCCUUCAUUCCAGACCUGUCGGGCCACGUCUAGAGCUGUGUCCUCGAAGGUCUGACAUCCUUUUAGUAGCCAAGGCUUUUCCCUUUCUCAGGGAUCCUGAGACGAGAGAGGGGUUCAGAGAGAGGCAGUCGGGUUUUCCUCUGCCCUGUGCCAAAGCUCUUUAACAGGGUUUUUAAUUUGUUGGUUGGUGAACCAAGAGUUAAAACCUGAAGGCGGGCUUCCGUGAUGUCACUAGCACCCCGCGUCCGACCUCAGAGACUGGGGCGUGGCUAACAUCGCCUCGUCCCCUCCCUCCCUAUUUCCCCGCCCCUCCCCGCUGUCACGGAGCCAGGGGCACAUGAUGCAACCCGCCGCGGUUUUAGCCUUCUGAUUGGUAGCCGCGCCCGGCGCCAGGCACAGGGAUUGGACAGAGGAAGCUGUGACGAAACCAGGACCCUGCCUAGUAAAGAAGGGAGGAGAGAAAGAAGAUAGAAGGGGGGGUUCCCAGGAGGGAGGGGGCCGGGGGGGCGGGGUCCCAGCUCUGUGCUCGCGCCCCCAGCGCGCCAGUCCCGGGGCUGCAGGGAGCGCAGCGCGCGCGACCCGGGCCCCGGCCACCGGACGCCCUACCGGACACGACCCUCCCUGGAGCUUGGACAACUGCCCACCUCGGACGCUGCACCGGACACUGCCCCCCACAGGGCUGGACGCUCCAACAGACACUACUUCCCAGCUCCGGACAUUGCUCCCUCCUCUCCCCGGGCCCUGAACGCUUUUCCCCCUCCCCCCUCCGGGGGCCCGGACACCGAGCCCCCCUCAGCGUCUGGCUAGAGUCCCCUUGCACCCCAGCCCAGGACACUGUCUCCUCCCUGUCCCCUUCUCCCUCCUGCUCCUCCCACCUCAUCUUUCCCUUGCUCGGGUCGGAGCCCCGCCAGUUCCUCCGACCCCCUGCUGCUCGGCCGCGGCAGCCCGCGCCCCCAUCCCCCGGCUCCUAGUCCGGAUGCCUCUUCCCGGGGGACUGUGGUGGCUUCUCUGCUGCCGUCGAGGCUUCACUCUUCUGCACCGGGACUACGGGGACGGCGAGCUUAGCGGGGACGGGGAAGAGGACGAGGACGAGGAAACCUUUGAGCUACGGACCCCGAGUCCAGCGGGCGGCGGGAGGGGUCCCCUGGAAGUGACACUGACUCAGCCGGUGAGGAGCGGGCCAGUCUCCCACAGGCUGCAGAGCUGGGAGGAAACUUGGAGCCUCAUCCCGGAGAAAGGGCUGCCGGAGGACGACCCGGACAUCGUUGUGAAAGGUUGGCUGUACCGGGAGCCCCGAGGAGGUGGGGCGCGGCCCUGGCUACCCCCACGCCGAGCCUGGUUCGUGCUCACGCGGGUCCUGGAUCAGUUCAGCAGCAGCGGGAAGGGGGCGCGGCGCCUCGGGAGUCUUGUGCUCACCAGCCUGUGCUCGGUGACAGGUCCAGAGCGCCGGCGUAAGGAGACCGGUCUGUGGUCAGUGACUGUGUCUGGCCGGAAGCACAGUGUCCACCUCUGCUCCCCACGCCAGGCAGAGGCCGAGCGCUGGGGGGUGGCAUUGCGGGAAGUGAUUGCCUCCAAGGCACCCCUGGAGACCCCCACCCAGCUACUGCUCAGGGACAUACAGGAAAGUUGUGGGGACCCAGAGGCCGUUGCCCUUAUUUACCUGCGGAACCCAAUUCUGAGACACACCAGUGGAGCCUUGUACGCCCCACUCCUGCCCCUGCCCUAUGGAGUCAACACCCCAGGUCCGGGCUAUGCACCCCUGCGUGAGGAGGCGGUACGGCUGUUCCUGGCGCUGCAGGCGUUGGAGGGGGCGCGGCGCCCCGGGCCCUUAAUGCAGGGUGUGCUCCAAACUUGCCGGGACUUGCCCGCGCUCCGGGAUGAACUCUUCCUGCAGCUGGCUAAGCAGACCUCGGGCCCUGCAGGCCCCCCCGGGCUCCCGGCUACCCAAGACCCUGCGGCCCUGCGGUACUGGCAACUCCUCACCUGCAUGAGCUGCACCUUCCGGCCUGGGGUAGCUGUGCGGGGACACCUCCUGGGGCACUUGGAGAGGACCGAGCAGGCACUCCCGGACUCGGAACUGGCGGAAUAUGCGCGCUUCAUCCGGAAAGCGCUGGGCCGGACUCGUGGCCGCGAGCUGGUGCCUUCCCUGGCGGAAAUUUCCGCGCUGAGCCGACGGCAGGAGCUGCUGUGCACCGUGCACUGUCCGGGGGCUGGUCCCUGUGCUGUGGCCAUCGACUCCCACACCACGGCGGGCGAGGUGGCUCGAGAGCUGGUGGAGCUGGGCUUGGCCCGGAGUCGCAACGCAUUCGCGCUGUACGAGCAGCGAGGGGCCCAGGAGCGAGCCCUGGCUGGGGGGACCCUCGUGGCCGAUGUGCUCACCAGCUUGGCAGCGGAAGAAGCUGGGCUGGAGGACUCCCCUGAUUCCGGGUGGAGACUGUGUCUGCGUCUUCACGGACCUCUGCACCCUGAGGGGCUGUCCCCAGACAGUCACGAACUGCCUUUCCUCUUUGAGCAGGCUCACGCUCUGCUGCUGCGGGGCCGGCCGCCCCCGCCAGACGACACGCUGCGCGCCCUGGCGGCGCUACGCCUGCAGAGCCUGCACCGGGACUUCUCCCCGCGGGUGCCCCUGCCCCGCCUGGACCGCCUGCUACCGCCCCGGGCCCCUCCGAGUGAAGACCCGCCCCGCCCAGCCUCCAGGCCGCCCCCCUCCGCCGCUGCCCUGCUGGCCGGGGCGCUCUGGAGCCCAGGCCUGGCCAAGAGGCGGGCGGAGCGGGCCAGGCGCGGCGGGGCCGGCCGCAUGGCGGGAACCACAGCCCACGAGGGAGGCAGCAGCACCAGCACGGCAGCUGCGGUGCUGGGCAGCUGGAAGCGGCUACGGGGCAUGGGCCGAGCUGAGGCCAUGGCCGCCUACCUGACCCUGGCGGCGCAGUGUCCGGGGUUCGGCGCUGCUCGGAGCCUGGUGGGGGUGCUCCACAAAAGCUAUGCCUGGGCUUGGGAGCCAAGGCCAUGUCCCUCUCCCGGCCGGGGGAGACAGAGCCCAUCCACAGUGUCAGCUAUGGCCAUGUGGCCGCCUGCCAGCUAAUAGGCCCCCACACCCUGGCAUUGAGGGUGGGGGAGAGUCAGCUCCUCCUGCAGAGCCCCAGGUAAGUGGGAAGAGGGGUUGUGGGAGGAGGAGAGAAGGAAGGGAUGUCAGGAAACAUUUACUGAACUCCAAGCCUGAGCCAGGUGGAGUCUAAGCACUGGGAUCUAGCAGCCAUCACAGACAAGCUCAAGAAGCUUACACUAGAGUUGGAGAGUCAAACAAUAAACAAGGAAUCCCAGGCUAUUAAGACAGUGAGAAAUGCUACAAAGGAAAGAGUGAUGUGACAGGAAGUCAGGGAAGGGUUUCCAAAGAGGCUGCCAUUUAAACUGGCCAAGGAAGACCUGGGGAGCAGCAUUCUCGGUAGAAAGAAUUGCAAGGCAAAGUCCCUGAGAUGAGAGUAAACUUGGCUUGUUAGAGGAGCAGAAAGAAGCAAGUAGGAUUGGCACAUAGAAAUGAGGGAGAGUGGAGAUAAGGAAGGAAAGGUUGCAGGGGCAUAGAGAAUGAGAAAAAGUAGAGAACCCCACAGCUCCUGUUGCACACUGACCUCUGCCCUCUCUUAGGUAGAAGAGAUCAUGCAGCUGGUGAAUGCCUACUUGGCCAACCCCUCCCCCGAGAGGCCCUGCAGCAGCUCUUCUCCUCCAUGCCAAGACCUGCCAGACACCUCCCCUCCCAGCCAGCACCCAGGCCUGGAUGAGCCCCAGGGACAGUCUGGCUGCUUGGGGCAGCUGCAGGACUGAGCCUGCCAAAAGGUCACGACUUCCCGCCUGCCUCCAGCCUGGGCCAGGACUGCUCUGAGAUUUGAGGGAAACGUGGACCCUUUUGGCCCUGCAGGGACAGGGCACAUCCCACACCCAAGGGCUACAAUGGGUGUGGGCAAUUUUCUAGUUUGUUUCUUAAUUUAUUUGUAGAAGAGAAGCAAAAAAAAAAGUUUCUUAUUUACACAAA